AUGUCUUCAAUUUCGAUGUAUUUGCAGACUCCCAAGAGACCUAGCUUACCACCAACUCCAUUGCCAUAUGGUAGCAAUAAUAAGACUAGUCUUCCACCAUUAUCGUCUAUUUUGACCAAUUCUGAUGAUGUAUCGACCCAAUACAACACCAUGCAUAAGUUACCUUCUGUUGACUCGUUGGCAACUCCAAGCACGCAAACUGGACGGGUUCCAAGCUUGGCCAACUCGCAUUAUCUCCCACAGCAGUUUCCAUUUCGUCAUCCGGUACCACAGCACACAGCGCAAACACCAUCCAAGCGUGCUAGAAGCAUGCCAACACCUAUCAGCACUAAUCCAAACUCGAGUUUUGAUACCAGUGACAAUGAUAUUAGCAUAAAUGGCGGUGAAGUGACCGUCAAGAAGACUAAGACUUCACCAAUUAACGAAAAAUCCUACGCAUUCAUCAGUCAUUCGCCAGUGACAUUCCCAUCGCAAGAGCCAUCGAUUGACAACGCUCCAUUGGCAAGAAGGAAAAGAAGAAGAACUUCUCCAAAUGAAUUGUCUAUAUUGAACAAUGAGUUUGAAAUAGGCCAAACCCCGAAUAAGUUGAGAAGACUAGAAAUCGCUGAGAAGGUAUCCAUGACUGAAAAGGCAGUUCAGAUUUGGUUUCAAAACAAAAGACAAUCUCUCAGAAAGCAGACAUCAGUGGAAAAGGAAAUUACCGAAUUGCCUUCCACCGUUUCAAUUUCUACCCCAAUAAAGCCUACUUUACGAAAGUCUGAAUCACAGCCAUUUAUUCCAAGCCCAUCUGCCUUCACGGCAAAGCAUAGACCAAGAUCAACCACUUCGCUUCCAAUUGCUCAAAUAUCACAACCAACUAUGGAUACUCCAACUAACCAAAGAACAGUUUUCAAUUCAUUAAGUACACCAAAUUCUUCUUACAUAAAUUACGAUGAGUCAAAUACUUCAAUUGACUCGACUUCACCAAACUUGAUCUUGAAUGAAACUUCAAAGAAACAACCAGUUUCUCUUAAUUCCAACACUUCGAGUACCAUGACUUUCAAGUUGAUGCCAGCUAAGUCUAUAUCCGCAGCUAAUGCAAACAAACUCGCCCAGAAGUUAGCCAGCGAAUCUCAGAGUUCUGAAAAUCCUUCACCUAAAGAUAAGCUGUUGGCAACUAAAAGCGCUGAUUUAAAAGAUUUAUUGAAUUCGGCAUCUACUACAUCAUCUACGAAGAAUGUUGCCAAGAGAGCCCCAUUGGGUGAAUUGGAUGUUAAUACCACCCAAACAUCGAGGCCAACAAAGAAACAAACCGAAAAGGAAUGCAUCAACAAUUUGUUGUCUCUAAGGGCUGGUAACUGGAAUUAA